CCUACUUUGAACCUAGCAGGGAAUCUCAGCAUGAUCACUUUAAUCAGGAUCGAGAUGCGGCUACACACUCCCAUGUAUUUUUUUCUGAGCAACUUGUCCCUGGUCGAUGUCACUUAUUCUUCCACUAUUGUCCCUAACGCUCUGGUGAACUUCUUAGCAGAGAGGAAAGCCAUUUCCUUUGCUGGCUGUGCCACACAAUUUUUCUUUCACUCCUUCUCUGUGAAUGCUGAGGGUUUGCUUCUGGCCGUGAUGGCGUACGAUCGCUUCGCAGCCAUUUGCAAGCCGCUGCUGUACACGCUCAUUAUGUCCCCGAAGGUCUGUGUUCAGCUGGUCGCUGCAUCCUACUUCUAUGCCUGUGUCAGUGCCCUUGUGCACACCGGCUCUUUGUUCAGCCUGUCCUUCUGUGGUCCCAACAUCAUCGAUCACUUCUUCUGUGACAUCCCCCCGCUCCAGAAACUCUCCUGCUCGGACACACGCAUGGAUGACAUUGUGCAUUUCGUCUUUGUUGCCAUACCCGCAUUAAUUACUAUCGUGGUUGUUGUUGCUUCCUAUGUUUUUAUCAUACUGGCCAUCUUGCGGAUCUGCUCCAGUGAGGGCAGACGCAAAGCCUUCUCCACUUGUACCUCCCACCUGACAACUGUGUCCAUACUCUUUGGGACUCUGCUCUUUAUGUACUUACGGCCCAUAUCCAUCGACUCAGCAUUUUAUGAUAAAGUGUUGUCUGUGUUCUAUACCCUAGUGAUCCCCACGCUGAACCCCCUCAUCUACAGCCUGAGGAACAAGGAGGUGAAGGAUGCCUUCAGGAGGCUAAUACACCAGAAAAUUAUUUCUCGCUGA